AUGCCUGGCACCGAGGUUAAGUGGACCGACAACGCGCACCUGGUCCUCCUGUGCGCGGCCCUCGACAUUAUCGGCGACGGCGGCAAAGUGAGCAUUGCCACUCACAAGGACAAGUUCAUGGCCGCCCUGGAGGCGAACGGUUACAAGUUCACCUGGGAGGUCUUCAAGUCUCAUCUGCUCUUCAAGAUGCCAAAGUGGGAAGACAUUCGUGACGACCUCUUCGAGGCCAUCGUCCGGGUGCAGCCACCCAUCGAUAAAGAGCAGCAGGCUGAAAUCGUCGAGAUCCUCAAAUCCAGAGGUCACGACAUGGGCUGGAAUGCCAUUCGGUAUGUUCUGGCUUUCCUCUCUGUUGGUUUUCCACUGAGCAAGUGCUGGGUGUAG